GUUAGGGGGGUUGCCCCAGUCAUCGAUCCUCGGUGCCAGCCCCAGUCGUGGCGCCGCCCCUUCCUCCCUGCCUCGUCUCGGGGCCGGGCGCGCGGUGCCCGCGCGGUGCUGAGGAACCCUGACCUGGCAGGCCUCCGGGAUGGACGGCGGGCGGCCUCAGCGGCCCUUGGCCUCGGCGGUCUGGUCCGCCGGCGCCCGAGCAGGGGGGUAGAGUCUGGUGGACUGGGUGGGGCCCUGGCGGGGUGCCGGGAUCCCGCAGUUUCUUGGCCCAGGGUGGGGUCGGAGACGCCGUGAGUGUGCAGCGCGUGUGAGUGAGGGUGCAGGGGCGUGCGCCCCCGUGUGCGCGCGGCGUGCGCUCGCCGGGGAGGUGCGGGACUCGACGACCCAUUGCGCGUCUCCCGCGGUGCGGCGGUGCGGAAGUCGGCGCGCGUUGGCGCGCACGCUGGAUCAUCCGCCGCCGUGGCCUCAUCGCGGGGCAGCGGGCCUGGGGGCCCCAUUAAGAAGUAGGUCCUUCCCGGGCCUGCUGCGCCUCUGGCUGCCUGCCCGGGCCGCGCGCCGGGUGCGACUGCCCGGGCCAGAUAGCACCUCGGGGCAAUCCGUGGCAGCCUUAUCUCGCCUGCCCUCCUCGUCCGCGCAGCAGUCUGGGGGGCGAGGCCGUCCGGGAACCCGCAGCCAGCGCCCGCUGCGAGUCUGCCGGUUUGGCGGGGGCGGGCAGACCGGCCGUGGCCGGGGGCGCGCGUGUGGAUUCGGGCCGGGUGCUGGCCAGAAGCGAAAGCGGCAGAUGUCCUUGGGCAUCGCCGCCCUCGCCCCACCUGUCGCGGGUGAACUUUGGGCCAGUAUCUGGAGUAGAGCAGAAAAAUUAUUAUGCCUGUGUUCCCUUGGGACUCAUUGGAAAUUGUACAGUGACAUCUUCUGGGAUUUAGGCUGGAGUGUGCAGACUGGUGCCUAAAAUGGAAGUAGAUGUUAAUGGAGAGCCCAGAAGUACCCUGACCACCCUGCCCUUGCCCGUGGCCGAGGUGAGCUCCCCGGGAAAGGCAGAGGUGGAGAAGCCCCGCUGUUCCAGCACUCCGUGCUCGCCGAUGCGCCGGACUGUGUCAGGCUACCAGAUCCUCCACAUGGACUCUAACUAUUUGGUUGGCUUCACGACUGGUGAGGAACUCCUGAAGUUAGCCCAGAAGUGCACAGGAGGUGAAGAGAGUAAGGGAGAAGCUGUGCCUUCCUUGCGCUCCAAACAGCUGGAUGCAGGACUUGCCCGUUCCUCUCGUUUGUAUAAAACCAGAAGUAGGUACUACCAGCCGUACGAGAUUCCAGCUGUCAAUGGCAGGAGGCGAAGGCGGAUGCCCAGCUCAGGAGACAAGUGCACUAAAUCUUUACCUUAUGAACCUUAUAAGGCCCUCCAUGGGCCUCUGCCUCUCUGUCUUCUUAAAGGUAAGAGGGCUCACUCCAAAUCUCUGGACUACCUCAAUCUAGAUAAAAUGAACAUCAAGGAGCCAGCUGACACAGAAGUGCUACAGUACCAGCUUCAACACCUGACCCUCAGAGGGGACCGUGUGUUUGCUAGGAAUAAUACAUGAGUGACUUGCAGAGGAUGUAAACCAGUUUAGGUCAGCCUACACUUGGCUAGAAAAUUCCACUGUUGUACUCUGUACAGGACUCUUUACAUUAUAGAUGGUUAAAUCAGCUAAGUGUUCCUGGAACAUAAAAAUUGGAUCAAAUUUUGAAUACAGGAAUGAAAUCACAGGUACUUGAGGUGAAAUCAUUCUAGAGCACGCAACUGCAAGGAAAACAGAAUGUUGACCAUUAGUUUGUAUCGCUUUUUAGCUGGGAAAAAAAGGCUUUGGUACAGUAAUAUCGUCUUUAAAAUUCCGAUACUCAAAUUGGAAAUGUUAUCUGCUUGGUUGUUGCCGACUUGGUAUGAUUCAUUAGAAAUUUAUAUCUUAAGUACUCAAGUACUUCUUUAAUCUCUGUACUUUACUAUAAAAUAUAUGUAAUGAUUUGUUUUAUGAAAUUUAGAAGUUGAAGAUUGCUAAAUUGGACCACGUUUUAUUUUUAAAUAUUGAGUUUAAAUAUUUUAUAACUGGUUUUGCACUGAAAAAAAUUAACAUUUCAAAUUGACAAGAGAAUAAUCUUUCUUCACUUGCUUCAAUAAUAUUAUUGAGCAGUGAAUUUUUUUAUUUCCGCAUGGAAAGUUAUUGAUCUCUAUGGCUGUAAAAUAUUUCUUUAUAGCGUUAUUAAAGUGUGUCUUAAUAAAAUUAAAUUUGGGAUACAAAGUAUUUAUUUUACAAUGGGUGGGGGGAAACUUUACAGGAAAGUUUCCAAUAUGAAGUUUUCAUAAGUUGAAAAAGUUUCCUUAGUGCUUAUUUUCUAAUUUAAAAUUCAUCUGGAACUUUAAAAUGGAAAGGAUUCUUUAAAUUGUGGAUUAUAGGCAUAAUACUGAUUACAUCUGAAUGUUCUGUAAGUGGAUGGAACUCUAAUAGAGGAACUCAUGAUUUCUACUCUCAAAUGCUUAAACUAAGUAUGAAGUGAUACCAUUCAGCAUGGCAUCGGGUCAUUUCAGUUUUAGUUCUGUGCAGCACAGGCACUCAUUGAAAUUCCACUUUCUAGGAUUAGUGCAGGAGCCUAAAGUGCUUCUACAGUUUUAAUGGGUUAAUCCUGGAUUACUUAACAAUUUAUGUCAAUUGCACUGGUUUAAUUUGUUGCUAAAGAAAUAAUGCCCUGGCUUUAGUAACAAAUACAGCUCAACUAUUCUUGAACAUAUUUUGAAAAAAAAAAAAUGUAUGUAAUGUACCUUUUGUAAAAGUUUCUAUUUCUUUUUUUCUUUUUUGACUCUUGAAGGUGCAAUUUAUUACUGAAUUGGCAUUUCUGGCAGCAUAGACCUCCUUAUUUUAAAUUUUAUUUUGGGGGCUGUGAGUUUCUAAGGUGUUAGCAAUCUUGCUUAUAAAAUAAGAACACCUUUAAAUUAAAUGAGUGGGUCAUUCCUGGUGCAGUUGUGACUUUUCUUUGGCCAGAAUGAAUGACAAACUAUUUAGAGCAGAAUAAGUAUUAGAAAACCCUAGGAACUCUUAAUCAACGUUGAUUAUACUUCCACUGAGGCAAAUCAUGUGAAAGAGCCUCAGGGAAGUUGGCCCAUAUCUUACUGAGUUGAUCAGAUUUCUUGGUGGGCUGGAAAUUUUCAGCUAUUUUACAUUUUAAAGUAAAUUGCACCUUUGUAACAUAUUGUAUUGACGAAUGAUCACUAAGAUUAACUAUAUCUAUACAGUCAUUAGUUUGACAAGAAAUAGAAUCCUGUCAGAUGCCAAAGAGUUGGGAUUUUUACGUUUAAUGAUUAAACACCAUUAUUUAUUGAUGACUUACCCUGUGGAACUGUAUUAUUUCUAACUAUGAAAUAAAAGGGUGAUAUAAACACA